CCCCACAGUGCCCCGCGCGCAGCGGCCGCGCUUCCGGGUGCGGGCCCAGGAGGGCGGCGGGCCCGGCGCGGCGGGCGGAGCGCGGCGCUGCCCCGAGCGGAUGCGAACGAGCGGGCGCGCAGUGCCGGAGGAGGCCGCGCCCGGACAUGAGGCUUCGGCUGUGGCUGGUGCCGGCCCUGGUGCUGGUGUGGGGGCCGGGCGGGCUGGAGGCGCUGGGGCGCCCGCAGCGCUACGACACAGUUGAGUCCAUGCUUUCAGACUACGACAUCCUCUCUCUGUCUAGCAUCCAGCAACACUCACUAAAGAAGAGGGCCCUCCAGCCUGAGACACACGUAGAGAGGCUCUUAAGUUUUUCAGCCCUGCAAAGGCACUUUAAAUUGUACUUAACUGCAACUGCUGAACACUUUUCAGAAAAAUUUCAAGCAUUAAUUGUGGAUGGUGAAGGCAAGGAAAAGGAGUAUCAUGUUCAAUGGCAAGACUUUUUCACUGGACAUGUCGUUGGAGAGCAUAAUUCCAAGGUUGUGGCACAUAUUGGGGAUGAAGAUUUUACAGUGCGAAUCAAUACCGAUGGAGAAGAAUACAAUAUCGAGCCACUGUGGAGAUUUGUAGAUGAUGUGGAAGACGAAAGACUGCUGGUCUACAGAUCUGAAGAUAUCAAGGAUUUCUCAAGGUUGCAGUCCCCCAAAGUAUGUGGUUAUUUGAAGCUGAAUGAAGAUGAACUGUUGCCAAAAGGACUGGAAGACAGGAAACAAAAUGAAGAAAGCACCCAUAGGAAGAAAAGAGCUGUUCCAGAGAACUCCAAAAACACGUGCAAGAUGUUGGUAGUGGCAGACCAUCGUUUCUUCAAGUACAUGGGCCGUGGGGAAGAGAGCACCACUAUAAACUAUCUGAUUGAACUGAUAGACAGAGUAGAUGACAUCUACCGAAACACUUCCUGGGAUGAUGGAACCUUCAAUGGGUACGGCAUACAGAUAGAGCAGAUUAUCAUCCACAAUGAGCCAAAUACUGUAAAACCUGGAGAGAAGCAUUAUAAUAUGGCAAAAAGUUGCCCAGAUGAUAAGAAAGAUGCCUGGGAUGUGAAAAUGCUGCUAGAGCAAUUUAGCUUUGAUAUUGCAGAGAAAGCAGCUCAUGUGUGCCUUGCUCAUCUCUUCACGUACCAAGAUUUUGACAUGGGAACCCUUGGACUAGCUUACGUUGGCUCUCCCCGACCUAACAGCCAUGGUGGCAUUUGUCCUAAAGCUUAUUACAGUCAAAUUGCAAAGAAGGAUAUCUAUCUGAACAGUGGCUUGACCAGCACCAAGAACUAUGGGAAGACCAUCCUAACAAAGGAGGCUGACCUGGUUACAACACAUGAACUCGGACAUAACUUUGGAGCAGAGCAUGAUCCUGACAGUCUGCCAGAGUGUGCCCCCACUGAAGACCAGGGUGGGAAAUACGUCAUGUAUCCUAUUGCUGUCAGUGGGGAUCAUGAAAAUAACAAGAUGUUCUCAAGCUGCAGCAAAAAAUCCAUCCAUAGGACCAUAGAGGUCAAGGCCCAGGAGUGCUUCAAAGAGCGCAACAACAAAGUGUGUGGGAACUCCAGAGUGGAUGAAGGGGAGGAAUGUGAUCCUGGCCUCUUGUACCAACUGGCUGAUCCCUGCUGCUCUGCAGACUGUAAACUGAAAGAUGGUGCCAAGUGCAGUGACCGGAACAGUCCUUGCUGUAAAGGCUGCCAGUUUGAAAGUGCACAAAAGAAAUGCCAGGAAGCCAUAAAUGCCACUUGUAAAGGAGAGUCUUUUUGCACUGGGAACAGCAGCGAGUGUCCCCCUCCAGGGAAUGCUCCGGAUGACACCGUGUGCGUGGACAUGGGCAAGUGCAAGGAUGGGGAGUGUGUCCCUUUCUGUGAGAGGGAGAAGAACCUGCGCUCGUGUGCUUGCAAUGAAACAGAUAAUUCCUGCAAGGUGUGCUGCCGGGACGAGCAGGACAGGUGCACGCCGUACGUGGAUGCCAACGACCAGUUCCUGUUCCUGCGCAAGGGGAAGCCUUGCACCGUGGGGUUCUGCGACACAAAUGGCAAAUGUGAGAAGCAAGUACAGGAUGUGAUUGAACGAUUUUGGGAUUUCAUAGACCAACUCAGCAUCAAUACUUUUGGGAAGUUCCUAGCAGAUAAUAUCGUGGGCUCUGUGCUUGUCUUCUCCUUACUGUUUUGGAUUCCUCUCAGCAUCCUUGUGCACUGUGUGGACAAGAAACUGGACAAGCAGUAUGAGGAAAACACGAAGUCUCUGUUUUGCCCCAGUAACGUGGAGAUGCUGAGCAGCCUGGACUCGGCCUCGGUGCGCAUCAUCAAGCCGUUCCCCGCGGCGCAGGCGGCCAGCCGGCACCAGCCGCUGCAGCCGCUGACGGCCGCGCCCGCCGCGCCCCCGGCGCCCAAGCAGGAGCACCAGAGGAUGGACACCAUCCAGGAGGACCCCAGCACCGACUCGCACAUCGACGAGGACGCCUUCGACAAGGACCCUUUCCCAAACAGCAGCUCGGCCGCCAAAUCUUUCGAGGACUUGACAGAGCAUCCUGUCAUUAGGAGUGAGAAAGCUUCAUCCUUCAAACUGCAGCGCCAGAACCGCGUGGACAGCAAAGAAACAGAGUGCUAGUGUCCUGCUGCCUGCUAAAUGUGUGACUCGUGGCGGCAAAACAAGGAUCUGAAACCAUUUCAUUUCUAGAAAUAUAAAUGUAUGUACAUAUAUUUUUGUGAGGGAGUGGGAGAAUAAGGAAGUGACCUACUGCAGAUGCUGGUCAUGUGUAUGACCUUCCUUAAACUACAUUUAUAAGCAUUAUAUCUUUUAAAAAGGAAAAUCCAAACUAGAACUGGCUUGUUUUUGAAGCUUUUUGGAUUUGUUUUCUAUUUCCUUGACCUUUAACAUUUCCUUCAACCUGUGGUGCAAAACCAAAUAUCCUGAUGGAUAUUGGAUUGUGUAUAUCAGCCUUUUUUUAUAAUUUAAUAUUUUGUAGUCUGACAGCACUGAUAGACAAAAUUACGGGGCUUUUAAAACCAAAAUGAACACUGCAGUAUGUCCCAUAAUAGAGUAGAUAAUUUAGCAAUUUAAGGUACAUGUAACCAAAAGCCUAAGCAAAUGCCUUGAGAACAGGGAGAAACGAAACAGAUAAAAAUACAGUCUCACAGCAUUCACUGAAAUGCAUAAUCAGUAUCAAGAAACUUAAGAUGCCCAGCUUCUGUAUAGAUAAAAGGAUCACAGAGGCUGUUAAAGUGUAUAAGGUGCAUGAGAAAUGCUCCUCUAGCAUGAAACUCCUGCCUCAGUGAUGAGGCUGUCUUGUCUUGGUGGCUUCUGUUGGGAGCUUCCCACUCUGCACUAAGGUUUGUGUGUCCCAGGGGUUGGAGAAAAAAGUGUAAAGGAAGAAAUAAUUUAUGCAGAUGACACUUUAAACUGCUGUUUACAACAGUUUUGGUGCAGAAAUGUUUCUCCAAAUGCUAUUUUAAAAUAGUUAAUGUUCAAAUUGCUGAGCUCAGUUUUCCAUGGUCUCUGUGGCCUUUUGGAAGCUCCUAUGGCAUGAAUGACGGGAAAAAAAAAAUCACUCCAUUGCAGGGGAGACAUUUGUUUAAAAACAAUUGUGAAUUUAGUAAAGAAAUAAAGCUUUGUUAAAACUUGCAAGGUAAGUAUAAGGAGGAGAUUUUGUGAAUACAGAUUCUCACACAGGUAGUAAAACUUCUUAAAAGCUGGUAAUGGAAUGGUGUCUUCUGUACACCUGGAGGUCUGUCAGGUGAGCUGGGACUGGCACAAGAGCAUUGUUUUAGCUUAGUAGCAGUGGAGUCACAGAGCAACUGUCCUGGUAGUACAGCAGCAUCAUUCUGCAGCUGUUUUCUCCCACAAUAAUCUAUUGAUAAAACUGACAGAACGUGGCCAAGGGCAGAACCAUUUAACUGUUACAAGCCUGGACUCAGCCAUAGGGAAGCAGAGCUGCAGUGAGCCUGUGUUGUUAAAUGUGAGGGAAAGGAAACUGAACCUGUGCUGCAAGGUUGUGUGAGUGCUCCCUCUCCUCCACACCCAAGGAUACUUGUUACACUAGUACUUGAAUGUGUGCCUUAUGGUAGUCCUAUCUGACUAGCUAUUAUGUUUUAUAUGCUGGUUUUGAACUUUGUUUGGGGUUGUUUGUUUUUGUUCGGGUUUUCUGAUCAGUGCAAAGUACAUGUAUGAGGAGUUAAUUUAAUUCCCAACAAAAUAAAAGCUUUUUAUAUUAAAAAAAAAAUCAGUUAAACAAGAGCUGCUUCUAUAUGCAGUCCUUUUCUAAAAGAUCUCCAUGCUUUGGUUGUCAAAGCCUGGGUUAAAAGUCUGGCAUGCAGCCAGGCAGGAGCCAGGAUUUCUGACUGCUUCUUUCUGAGCUUGAAUGCUACACAGGCCAGCCCUGGACUAUCCGUGGUGUGGGCUGCCUACUUCCUGCUGCUCUUGUCAUGUGUCCUGCAGAUUAUCAUCAGUUGAGAUGGUAACAUUAAAUGCCUGAGGGAUGGGGGUGUGCUCAAAUGCAUGUUCAGGUACCAAAUUUGUGAGUACAUGUUCUCAGCACAAAGGUCCUUACACAUGCCAGGUGAAAACCAUGCAGUGGCAGGUGCUUGGGAGCAUGAAAAAGGAUUUGGAGCAGGCCUUGGAAAUCACUGAGUCCAUCCCCCAGCCUGAGCUGUAUUCCAGAAACUGAAAGCAGUACUUGUAUUGUUUGUUCCUAACAUCUAAGGCAGGAAGAUCCACAGCUUCCCACUGGGAAGCCUGUUUGCUGUUCAGCCAGUCUUUACUGUAAGCAUUCAUUAGGAAAAGGAUAGUCCAGUUUAAUACUCAUAAAUAUUUAUAUAUGAAACUCGCUUCUGCUCUGGCUCCAGGCACAUGAAAAAUACUUAUGCUCCAGUUCAUAACACUGUUACAUAGUAGAUGACAGGUCUUGGCCAGCUUGUCUUAAUUAUUUUAUGAAGCAAAGGCAGUCUAAUGGCACUAAUAGUGCAGGACAGCAUGAGAGCCUCUGUCACCCCCUACAUAAUAAGCACACCUGUUCCAUGUCAACAUAACUGUUAACACAGCCCAGAAUUAUGGAAGGGUUAUAGCUGCAGUGAUACGCUAUUUCAUUUUUAUGCACAGUUAGUUGUAUCUUCAUUUUUGCUGCUAUCUCACUUGCCAGACAUUCAUUUCCCAAACCAUUUUUUUCCAUACUGGUUGAAUUUCAUCUAGGUUACAGGCAAUGGCUUUUUUUCUUGGUAAAGGUAGUUUUGUAGUUAGUCUUCUCUUAGCCAAAACCUGCAUAGUCUGCAGUACUUACAGAUUACAUGAGCUGUAAAAUAAUUUUAACAACUCACUUUAAAGGUCUUAAAUUGAUGGCAAAUGACAUACAGUGCAGCUUUGUCAGCAGAGAUGCAGGCCUUUGCUACUAGUUUCUCCAAGCUUCUAUAUCCACCAGUUUUAUACUGCCCAAAAACAUGCACUGGUCUGAAACCUGUGCCUAUACUGAAGAGCUGGGUAUAAAGAUACUGGUGCCAGAGUAAGUUACAUUUUAAAAGCCUUUCUCUAAACUAUUCUCUAUCACUACCAAAGCCAAAGCAGAACUUAGGGAACUGCUGUUCCUGCUGUAUUACAUCCAAAUAAAUUAAUUCAGACUGACA